AUGCCAAGCAACCGCAGAAUGCCACCGUGGACCUCCGCAACACGACAGCUCCUCAUACCAUGUCCACCCCGACCCUAUCUCUUCCCUCUGCAAUCAAUCCUUCUGCCGACGAGCAUCCCGACGCCGAACAGCGUGCGCGCCCGUCUCAAAGGCGACACCGUCCACGACCAUGCCAAGAGAGCAGCAUUCAAGGACUGGACGGGCACAACGACGCAGGACCACGCCGUCAACCGAGCCAGCAAUAGGGACAUCACGGACCCGGAGAUAGAGUCCACCGUCGCAGGGCUGCAGGAGCGCGACGAGAACGAGGGCAUUGCGGACCAGAGCAAGAGCCAUGCGACGACCGAGAGGGACUCGGGGAGGCACAGCAAGAGGGCCAAGGAGGAGUCGCCGGCGGCUCCGGAGCCGGUGAUUGGGAUGACUGAUGAGAAGGGUCAUUCUUCUGUCGUACAGCUAGCUAACUCUUGCCCUACAGAAAGGUCAUUGAGAUAG